AGGGUUUUUAGGGUUUAAGAGUUUGCCUCUCCUUUUACACUACUCUCUCUUUCUCCCCGUCACACCACAACCACUUACAGUCUCCAUUUCCACCAUCAGGUUUUCUAAUUUCUUUUCGCCAUGUUGGCUCUUCGUCGUGCUUGUAUUCCUCUCAGGAGCCGAGGAGUCAGCAUAAGAAUUUCUCGUGUGUCUUGUGCUAAAUUAGAAAUGCUAAGUCCUGGCAUAGAGGAAGACAAGGCUGGUACCUUUGAGUCUCCUCAAGAGGCGUAUGAUAGACAUCUGUCUUUAAAGAGGUUUUACCACACUGCACAUGGUUCUUCAAAUGUCUUUGUGGUUAGACACAAUUUUUCUUCGCAAGCUGGGGCAAAAAGCAGUGGAGAGGAAGAUGAAUUGGAAGAUGGGUUUUCUGAACUUGAGAUGCCUUCUAGUGCUGUGGCAAAUCAAGAUGGUAAUGUAGAGGAUGAAAGUGAUGAUGAAUUAAUUUCCGAACCUGAACUUUCUUAUGAUGGUGUUGAUAUCGAAGAGCCUUCUCAAAAUGAGCUGGAGUUACUAGACUCUGAGAUUGACCCAAGUGAGAAAAAAGCGUUUAAGAAGAAGGCUAAAUCAGCACUGUUCAACGCCAUCUUGGCUGCUCCUGGUUUGUCAGUUCAUAAUGCACUUGAUAAGUGGGUUGAGGAAGGAAAUGAUUUGAGCCGCACAGAGAUCUCGUUGGCCAUGCUUAAUCUUCGUAAACGCCGGAUGUAUGGGAGGGCAUUGCAGCUCUCAGAGUGGCUGGAGGCAAAUAAGCAUCUUGACUUUGUUGAGAGAGAUUAUGCUUCUCGCCUUGAUUUAAUUGCCAAGGUACGUGGCCUCCAAAAGGCGGAGAGCUACAUUGAGAAGAUCCCGAAAUCCUUCAGAGGGGAGGUAAUCUACCGAACCCUGCUGGCGAACUGUGCGGUUGCCAACAACAUUAAGAAAGCAGAAGGCAUAUUCAACAAGAUGAAAGAUCUGGGCUUCCCAAUUUCAUCAUUUGCUUGCAAUCAGUUGCUCCUACUCUACAAGAGGAUGGACAAGAAGAAAAUAGCUGAUGUAUUAUUAUUAAUGGAGAAAGAAAAUGUCAAACCCACUCCAUUCACUUAUAAGUUGUUAAUCGACACCAAAGGCCAAUCCAAUGACAUUACUGGUAUGGAUCAAAUUGUACAGACAAUGAAGUCCGAAGGCAUUGAACCAGACAUAAAUACACAAGCCAUUUUAGUAAAGCAUUAUGCCUCAGGCGGGCUUAAAGAAAAAGCUGAGGCAAUUUUAAGGGAGAUGGAAGGUGACAACUUGAAAGAUCGUUGGGUUUGCCAAGUUUUACUUCCCCUUUAUGCACAGCUGGGAAAGGCUGAUGAUGUGAGUAGGGUUUGGAAGGUAUGCGAGACGAGUCCCCGGAUUCACGAGUGCAUGGCUGCCAUUGAUGCUUGGGGAAAGUUGAAUAAGAUUGAAGAAGCAGAGGCAGUUUUUGAUAGGAUGUCAAAAACGUGGAAUAAGCUUUCUUCAAGGCAUUAUUCUGUGCUUCUGAAGGUGUACGCAAAUCAUAAGAUGCUGGCCAAGGGCAAGGAUCUCGUUAAGCGUAUGGGGGAUAGCGGCUGCAGGAUUGGCCCAUUGACUUGGGAUGCACUUGUAAAGCUCUAUGUGGAGGCAGGAGAGGUGGAAAAGGCUGAUUCCAUCCUGCUGAAGGCAACCCAGCAGAACCAGAUGAGGCCAAUGUUCAGUUCUUACUUGGCUAUUAUGGAACAGUAUGCAAAGAGGGGUGAUAUCCAUAAUUCAGAAAAAGCGUUUCAUAGGAUGAGACAGGCUGGAUAUGUGGGUCGGUUGCGGCCGUUCCAGGCUCUAAUCCAGGCCUAUAUAAAUGCAAAGGCGCCAGCUUAUGGGAUGAGGGAGAGGAUGAAAGCAGAUAAUUUAUUCCCCAACAGAGCUUUGUUAGGCCAAUUGGUUCUUGUUGAUGCAUUUAGGAAGACCGCUGUGUCAGAUUUGCUUGAUUGAGGAUUUUUAUGCUUCCUUUGGUAUGCGGUAGCCACUUUAGUCUCUCAACUUUCUACACCUUUAAUUUGUGUGUUGAGCAUUUUGGAUUUAUAGUGUUUUGUUUUUAUUUCACAUCCAUAUGCAACACCUUUCUGCGCUUAGUCUAUAAUGUACUGCUGAUUAUAUUGAAGAUUACAGAUGGUAUGGCAAGUAGUUGUAACCCA